AUGGCAAUGGAAAAUGUGGUUCGGCCACUGGACAAUUCCGAGACGUUGCCGUGCCAACGGCACUUGUUCUCCUUGCCGCAAGGUGUGAUUUACUUGAACUGCGCCUCGCGGUCGCCAAUGCUGAGCUCAGUUGAGAAGCUUGGCCACGAGGCAGUGUCCCUCAAGAACCAUCCCUGGCGUAUUGGCGGCGACGAUGCGGCAGACAGAGAAGUGAGAUCCCUCUUUGCGGAGCUCAUCGGGUGCCGGCCAAGAGAUGUGGCGCUCACACCAUCGACAUCCUAUGCUAUCACCCAGGUGGCGCUGAACAUCAAGAAGCUGGGGCGCAUUGGAGCAGGCGAUGCAGUCAUCAUUCUUCAGAACCAGAUGAGUUCAAACGUCUACGCAUGGCAACGCCUGUGCAAAGAAACGUCCGCUCGGCUGGUGGCAGUACCGUGCCCAAGGAAAGGCUCUUCCGGCGAACCGGAGGUGAAGCGGCAAAGAACGGCGACUGCUGCCAACUGGGACGAAGCGCUGCAGAACUGCAUCGAAAGCGAGGUUGCUGCAGGGCGGCGCGUGGCCGUGUGCUCGGUGCCACACUUCCUGUGGACGGAUGGCUCCGGGCUGGACCUGAAGCGUUUGCGGCAGGUGCUGGAUUCAGUGCAGGAGGAAGGCAAGCCGCGCCCAGUGCUGGUGGUGGACGCAACUCAAUCCCUUGGGGUUGUGCCCAUUGAGGUGGACGCCUGGGGCAUUGACUGGCUUGCAUGUUCUGUGCACAAGUGGCUCUUCGGCCCCUAUGGCCUUUCCCUGGUCUAUGCCUCAGAGGAUUGGAGUACCAGCUCCCUGACGCAGCCCCUUGUGCAGGACGAGCACAAUCGACUGGGCGCUGAUGGCGAUGUGUGCUUGCCGUUUGAAAUGGAGAGGCCAGGCUAUUCUGAAGCUUUUCAAGAGGGCGCCAAGAAGUUCGAUGCGGGUGGCCGGGCGAACCCCAUCCUGCUGCCGAUGGUUGCUGGAGCGCUGAAGCAGGUGCUGCUGUGGCGCCCUGAGCGCAUCGCGGCCACGCUGGCAAAGCUGACGUCUCGCUUGGUGGCGAGCUGUGCGGCUUUGGGCUACUCUACGCCAGAGGUGCGAGCGCCCCACUUCGUUGGCGUCGGACCUUCUGAGGAGGACAUGAAGACCAUUGGCUUUUCAGAGGAGAAGUGGGCGGAGGAUCUGUCGGCCUACUUGAAGACGCGAGGCAUUCACGUCUCUGCCCGCGCGGGAUGCAUUCGAGUUGCUCCCCAUCUCUACAACACGGAGGCCGAAAUCGAUGCACUCUCGCACGAGCUUGAGAUCUUCCGAAGAAGAAGCUCCUGCCGCUUGGAGCGUGGAAACCUUCGCCGGUGCUUUGCCAAAGCUGCAGACAAAAAAGGGGAGGUGGGAAGAUUGGGCAAGGACAUGGCGGGGGUCACAACCCCUGUGGCGGGAACAGGUCAUGCUGUCUACGGUUUCAUAGUGGAUGGAGCACGGGACGAUCCCAAGGAGGUGCUUCAGCAAUGCACUGGGCGACUUGAAGAGAAGGAGACCUUUGCCUGCCCAGACAUCACCAAAGACUACUGCGCAAAGACGUACACUGCCGCCGGAGGGGGUGCUCACAUGCAGUGUGGUCUGGAUGGAAAUUUGUGUCUGAACAACGCCUUCUGCGAAACCACCACCACCACCACAUUGCCUGGCUACGUUCUGGUGGACGACGAUGGCCGCUGGGUGAAGAUCAACCAGUGGAGCCAGGGAGUGUACGAGAGGCAAACUAACGCAUAUGGAACGGUCCGGACCAGCGGCCCUGGAGACGGCAAGCUGGAUGAUAAGCUGAUCAACGAGCUUAUGGCGGCCAACCUGCUGAGAGCGCCAUCCGGGGAGAAGUACAACGUUUUCAAAGUCACCGCCAAGGAGGCCGGACAGUCAUACUACAUUCGGGUGAAGGGCAAGAAGUACAUCGACACGGUGCGGAAUUUCAACUUCCCUCGAUACAGCACGUAUCAGUAUUUGGGAGAGCACAUGCCGGACAAUAUGGACAGGGACUACAAGGACUUGGUUCUGAACUGCUUCGAUGCUUAUCACCACGGUGCACGGGAUUCGUGCAAUCGCUUCUUUAUGUGCCACGACUCAUCGGACGAUUGCUACAAGGCUGAUCUCGGUACCAACACCAACAAGCGGUGCUUCAGCGGAGGGUUUUACUGCCGGAACGCAUUGCGAGAGCACCACCCGCCACUCACCAACGUUCAGAUGUACCUGAAGCUGCUGGACGCCGAUUGA